AUGCCCGCGACCGUGGCCGCCAAGGGCGGCAAGUUCACCUACUGCGUCGGCAGCCCGACCUUCUCACCGGACGAGUACGCCAAGGACGCCGCCCGCCGCGAGCGCGCCAACGAGCUCCUCGCCAAGGACGACUUUUACGGCGCCAUCGUCGUCUCCUUCCGCCUCCCCGAGCGCGACGACUAUGUCUACCACGCCAUGACCGCCGUCCGCCUCGCCGAGGUCCAGCGCGUCGUCGCCAUGGGCGCCGCCAACGGCAUGCACGCGUGGUACCGCGACGACGAAAACGACGGGAAGCCGCUCGACCCCCCGCCCCGCGCCGACAUCGACGCCUACAUCCAGAUCUUCUCCCCGACCACCUCGACCCCGGCCGCGCUCAAGUCCUUCCUCGCCAACGCGAAGAAGGGCUCGGUGCGCGCCGCCGCCGCCGCCCACCUCCUCGCCCGCCGCCACGUCCACCCGGCCCUCGCCGACGCCCUCGCCGUCCCCCGCGUCAAGUCGCCCGCCGCCGCCGCCGCCCUGCCGCCGAACCCCUACCUCGACUUCUGGGCCUGGUCCUGCCGGAACCUCGAGUGGUGCGGGCCCACCCCCGCCACCGGCCGCCCCGGCGCCAGGCUGCAGAGCCACCACGUCCUUCCCCGUCCUCAUGCACCACUUCGGCUGCGCCGCCCCGACCCACGACGCCCUCUGCGCCCUCCGCACCCUCGCCGCCGGCCGGCCCCGUCGCCGACGUCGGCUCCGGCAACGGCUACUGGUCCCCACAUGCUCCGCGCCUACGGCCUCGCCGCCGUCCACCCCGUCGACAACAUGCAGUCCGCCUGGCGCGUCACCUGGGUCCCCGACACCGUCGCCGCCGACGGCGCCGCCUUCCUUGGAGCCACCGAACCUCACGGCGGCCGCGACCUCGGCGGCUUCACCCGCCGCCUCGUCGACGCCUACCGCGGCGACACCCUCGCCGUCGUCGGCACCCAGAACCGCAACGGCUACACCGCCUUCCGCGACAUGACCGUCGACGAGUACAUGGACCGCGAGCAGCCCGAAUGGACAAAGGUCCUGCAGAUCCCGCUGCCCAGCUUCGCCGGCAAGGACGAGGCCCUCUUCGUCUUCCAGAGGGGGGAGAGGGCCCCGCCCAAGCAUGUCGUGCAGGGCGAGGCCAAGACCUAG